CAGAGCUUGCAGUUAAUAAAAUGUUGAGACGCAGUGUGGGCUUGCUCUGCAGGUCUUGCGGUCAGCAGAGUAGAGUGCAACAGGUUGGAAGACGGGGAUAUUUGACAGAAGGUUCAGGAAUUAUUGGUUCCGAACCGGAGAGAUCAGAUCCAGGAUUUCUGGACAAUGAGGCCCGUAUGACCAAGCUGGUUGAAGAGCUCAAAUCCAAAGUGGAGAAAAUAGUCGAGGGAGGUGGAGCCAAGGCAAUUGAAAGACAUACAAGCAGAGGUAAACUGGUUGCAAGAGAACGGAUUAACCUCCUCCUUGAUCCUGGAUCGCCAUUCCUGGAACUAUCUCAGUUGGCUGGAUAUAAUCUAUACGGGAAGGAAGAAGUACCUGCCGGGGGCAUUAUUACAGGAGUUGGAAGAGUAAGUGGAGUUCUCUGCAUGAUUGUAGCCAACGAUGCAACAGUGAAGGGUGGAAGCUACUAUCCUAUAACUGUUACAAAGCAUUUAAGAGCUCAAAGGGUUGCUAUGGAGAACAAGCUUCCGUGUAUUUAUCUAGUGGAUUCUGGUGGCGCUAACCUACCUCGUCAAGCAGAGGUUUUCCCAGACCGUGAACAUUUUGGCAAAAUAUUCUUCAAUCAGGCCAACAUGUCUAAUUCAGGCAUUGCACAGAUUGCCGUUGUACUGGGUUCAUGUACAGCUGGUGGAGCUUAUGUACCGGCUAUGGCAGAUGAGAGCAUAAUUGUACAGAAGCAAGGAACUAUUUUUCUUGGGGGACCACCUCUAGUGAAAGCAGCAACAGGUGAAGAGAUUUCUGCUGAGGACCUUGGAGGAGCAGAACUUCAUUGCUCUCAGAGUGGAGUAACCGAUCAUUUUGCUCUUGAUGAUCAGCAUGCUCUUCAUCUUGCCAGGAGAGCAGUUGCCAACUUGAACCAAGUGAAGAGUGCUGAGGUAUCCAUCAGUGAGGUAGAAGAGCCCCUCUUCGAUCCCAAGGAUCUCUAUGGGAUUGUUGGCGAGGAUUUGAAGAAGAACAUUGAUGUUCGUGAGAUCAUUGCCCGAAUUGUUGAUGGAUCCAAGUUUGAUGAGUUUAAAGCCAAAUACGGAGAAACACUGGUUUGUGGGUUCUCCCGACUGUAUGGGUAUCCUGUUGGUAUCCUGGGUAACAACGGAGUUCUCUUCGCGGAGUCAGCUCUCAAAGGAACUCAUUUUAUUGAACUUUGCUGCCAAAGGAAAAUACCUCUCAUCUUUCUACAGAAUAUAACAGGGUUUAUGGUUGGUAAGGAUGCGGAGGCUGGAGGUAUUGCUAAACAUGGCGCUAAACUAGUUACAGCUGUAGCUUGUGCCGCGGUUCCUAAACUUACUCUAAUCGUCGGUGGUAGCUACGGCGCUGGUAAUUAUGGGAUGUGCGGGAGAGCUUAUGACCCUAGGUAAUAAUGUUAAUAGUGUUACU